AAUGCCUCUCGCCAUUCACUCAAACUGUCAGUGGAUGUUGUGACUUCUGCAUGUUGUGAGCAAGGAGCGAAAUCUGUCUUUAUUUUUAAUGAAGAUUAUAUUUAGUGGCAAGAAGAGAAUUCAACGACCACCUAGAUGCUAAAGUAGGGUGAACAUAUAAGAGCAAGCAUCGUAGAAAAGGCAAGAAGCAAUUUAUUUACUGCACGAAAGAGUGACAAAUUUGAGACAAAACUCAAAAUGACGGACGCUAAUGUGGACACUACUACGCUGUGCCUGUUCGACGUAGAUGGGACUCUCACGGCGCCCAGACAGAAAGCAACGCCAGACAUGUCUGAGUUCCUACAAAAGCUGAAGACGAGAGUUCGAGUUGGAGUUGUUGGGGGAUCAGACCUGAGCAAAAUCAAGGAGCAGCUUGGAGAAGAUAUUAUCCAGAAGGUGGACUAUGUAUUUGCUGAAAAUGGACUUGUGGCCUAUAAAAAUGGACAGCUACUUUCUGUCCAGUCGAUACAAGCUCAUAUGGGAGAAGAACUACUCCAAGACUUCAUCAAUUUCUGUUUAAACUACAUGGCCAAGAUCAAGCUGCCAAAGAAAAGGGGAACAUUUAUUGAAUUUCGAAACGGGAUGUUGAAUGUCUCUCCCAUCGGCCGCAGUUGCACACAAGAAGAAAGACAGGAGUUUUUUGAGCUGGACAAGAAAGAAAAGAUCAGAGAGAAGUUUGUUUCUGUGUUGAGGGAAGAGUUCAAAGGAAGAGGACUGUCAUUCUCCAUAGGAGGUCAAAUCAGCUUUGACGUGUUUCCGGAUGGCUGGGAUAAAAGAUACUGUCUGGGGAUCGUCGAAAAGGACCAUUACUCCUCCAUUCACUUCUUUGGAGACAAAACCAAACCUGGUGGAAAUGACUAUGAAAUCUAUUCAGACGAACGGACCAUCGGCCAUGAAGUCUCCAGUCCAGAGCAAACUAUACAAAUGUGCCAGCAACUUUUUUUUUCAUAAAAACUAACCACAAUUACUUUACUAGGACUACAAGAACUAAAUAGGUAGUAAACUUGGUUUAACCUAAAACUAAAUUAGGGUUUAACAGUCUGGAACUAAACUAGGACUAUUCAGGAUUAAACAAUGGACAUUAACCAGGGUAUCAAACUGAACUGACUGAAUCAGAACUCAACCAGGGCUAAACUGGUCCUGUUUGGUCCUGGUGCUGUUUGAGCUCAAAUAGGUAUAACAAGUUUGCAGUAAAAAAAAAAAAAGUUACUGAGUGAGGGAUUUUUCUUUUAAGACUAAAGCUAAACCUGUAAAUAAAUAUACAAAUUAUAGACUACUUACCAAUUUUAUAUCUGCAGUUUUAUAUGUUCUCAAAUAUAAAUAAUGUUCUUACUUUGUACCAUGUUUUACUGACAUACAAUGCUUACAAUAGUUUUGACCAGUUAGUUUGGAAUUAAAAGGACUCUGCACUGUGUAAUUUAUCUGGUGGUGUGUACAAUACCAGUUUGUUUCCAUGGAGAUGCUAAUUGUCUGGACAUAUCCACAGCAUUAACUUGUCUACCUUGAAGUUAUUCAGUUACAGGUAAUUGUAUUGGGGGAAAAAAAUGCCUUGAAAAACAUGUGGUAGUGUGAGCAGGUUAGCAUCCCCACAGAUCUGACCUGUAAGCUCAAUAGUCAAUCUUUAAUAUCCUUGUUCUACAAAAAUCGUAAAUCACUGUCACUGUAACUUCACUGUAUUUUGCCUUUUAUGAUCAAAAUGGUCAGUAAAACAUAUAGAAGGUUAUUUCUUAAAGCCUACUGUAAUUCUUGUGCUACUGUAAAAUUGACUUCUAAUGAAAUUAAUUAAAUGAAGGGAAAGUAAAGUGAAAAUAAAUGUGUGAAUAUCUUAA